UCAUUUUCGAUAUAUAUAAGAAAUAUUCUCAACUGUAAAUACAUGCGGCCAUUGAUGUUGUAAGGGUUCUUCUUUCUCAUCCACACACACAGAAGAAUGAUUUUACACGAAAGAAGAUGAAGAUGAAGAUGAAGAAUAGAAGCAACCAUGUUCCCUAGAUUUUGAUUACUCUAAUCACUCGAAUCGGAUGCUCAUAUAUAGCUAUGGCUGUCAUGUUGGAACAAGCAGUUUUGGACCGGAAGGAAGAAAAUAUCAAGAUGCAUUCCGAUAUUCACGGUUUGCAUGAAUCCACACAAGAUUUGCAGAGAAUGGAUUCAGAACUCGAUGCUCAUGAACGCGAAUUCCUACUAGGUUAUUACAUUAGCUGUAUUAAACUUUAUGGAGCCAAAAAGAAAUUAUUCAAGAUGAAAGCUACAUUGUUGUAUUUUUUAAAGUCACACAUGAAAAUUACGUUAUUGGAGUUUUGCAAGUCACAGAUGCAAGCUACAAUGUUGGAAUUCCAUAAGUUCCAGAUGAAAGCUACAACGUUGGAGUUUUACAAGUCACAGAUGAAAGCUACAAUGUUGGAUUUGUGUAAGUCGCAGAUGAAACCUACAAUGCUGGAUUAUUUACAGUCUCUUGUCGAUCUUAAUCUUCCAGAGGAAUGUAAAAGCUGGCUGGUUGAAACUGAUGGCAUCACGGAUGCAUAUGAUGACGCUAAGAAGUCCUUCAAGAAAAACAAAAAGAAAAAGAAAAAGGUGAAAAAAAAUUACAUGAAAUUACAAGAGGAGGUAGUUGGAGUAUUGACAGAUGACGACGAGUCCAAAGACGAAGAAUUCCAGUCCGAAGAGUCGGAAGACGAAGAACUCCAGUCCGAAGACGAAGAAUUCCAGUCCGAAGGGUCCGAAGACGAAGAACUCCAGUCCGAAGAGUCGGAAGACGAAGAGUUCCAGUCCGAUGAGUCCGAAGACGAAGAAUCGACAGAUGACGACGAGUAUCCAUAUACUGAUAUGGAUUCAUUCUCAUCAAUGAUAAAACGCUUAGAGGUUAUGGAGGAUGAAAUUGAGAAGAAGUUGGACAAUUUAAGGAAGGCGAAUGCAAGCCAAAACCUUGCUUGGACGAGAUAUGGAUGCAAAGUAUUAUUCAAGAUGAAAGCUACAGUGUUGGAAUUUUCAAAGUCACAGAUGAAACCUGCUAAGGUGUUGGAUUUCUUAACGUCUGCUGGCGCUCUUGAUCUUCCAGAGGUAUGUAAAAGCUGGUUGCUUCAAAAAGCAGCUGAAAGGGACAUGGUCAGAGCAUAUCAUGAUGCUAAAAAGUCUUUAAAGAAAAACGAAGAGUGUGAAAAGUUUCACAUCAUGAGAUUACAAGAGUUACUAGGAGUUGAGUACCAAGAAGAUGGCAAAUAUGCAUAUAUGACUGAUAUGAAUUCAUUCACGUCCAUAAUGAAACACUUAGAGGUUAUGGAGGAUGAAAUUGAGAAAAUGUUGGAAAAACGUAAACGAAAGCCGAAACCCUGCUCGUAAGAGAGAUACGGACGCGAAGUAAAAGAGUAGGAACGCAUUCAUGUAAAACAUUGAUAAAUUUUCUAUAUGUGGUGUGCUACAUUCACUUACAUAAUAGGUCAGUAUAAAGGAGUGACCUACAUGGCUCUUGUAUUACUGUUUUCUGCCAGAUACCGUCUUUUUUACGGCUCCAACUGAGACUAAAAACUGAUCAAGUGAAGACAGUGUUUUCAUAU